AUGCCGCCCCGCCAGUGGAUUGACAAGAAAAAUGCGAGCACUUUCCAGCUCUUCCACCGUUCUCAACAAGACCCGUUGAUCCAUGACCCCGAAGCCGAGGACCGAGUCCUGCACCAAGUCAGCGGUCCUGCUCCUCCACCCUCGUCUGCAUCAACAUCCUCGCAAAAGCCUAUCCGGAACCUUUCCGAGCUCCAGUCCGAAUUCCAAAGCCAAGCGAUCCGCCGUAACGAGGGCGAAGCCGCCAACUAUGGCGUCUACUACGACGACUCCCGGUAUGACUAUAUGCAGCAUUUGCGCGAACUGGGCACUGGCGGUGGUGAUUCCCACUUUGUGGAGGCCAAGGCUGAGAAGGGCAAGGGCAAGGGGAAGGCUAUGAAGUUGGAGGAUGCCCUGCGCCAAGUCUCCCUGGAUGAUUCGCAAAGCGCGUACGGGUCGCAAUUUGGCGACAUGCGCUCGACUGCGUCGUCAUAUAUUCGCAAGCCGACGUACCAAGAUCAGCAGAAUGUUCCCGAUGUGAUUGCUGGUUUCCAGCCAGAUAUGGACCCCCGUCUACGAGAGGCUUUGGAGGCACUGGAAGAUGAAGCAUAUGUUGAUGAUGACAACGAUGAUGAUCUUUUCGGCGAGUUGACGAAGGGUGGAGAGGAAUUGGAUCAGGGUGAUUGGGAGGAUACUCUGUUUGACCACGAUGAGUAUGAUGAGGGAUGGGAGUCGGACGCUACUGAGAAAGCGCCCGUGCAGACAGAUAGGACUGAUGCGCUGCGACACACGGAGGACGUGCCAUCAGAGGAGAGCCACGCCAGGGAUCUUGAGCCCGGUGAAAUUCCUGAGCAUAACGAACCUGCUCCGGAUAUGCACCCUGAGGAUCAAGGAUGGAUGAACGAGUUUGCCAAAUUCAAGAAGGACGCCAAGGCCGGUAAGGCUGCCGCGCCAGCUGCACCCACGGUUGCGCCGUCCGAACAACGUACCGUUGCUUCGACCGCGUUCACAGCUGGUGGUACUCCAAUCCGCCGAAAGAAGCGUAAGGGUGCUUUGACCAACCCGUCCGCUUAUUCAAUGACUUCGUCUGCGCUGGCUCGUACCGAGGGCCACCGGCUCUUGGAUGACCGAUUUGAAAAGAUUGAGGCUCUGUACUCUCUUGACGAGGAGGAUGAAUAUGAUGACAGCAUGUCUAUGGUCAGUGGUAUGACCGGGGCUACCGGUAUGACAGGCAUGUCCACCGCAUCGUCAAUUGCACCCAGUCUUGUCGACGGAAACGGCGCCGCAGUCUCACGUAGCGAUUUCCACAACGUCAUGGAUGACUUCCUUGCCAGCUGGGACGACAACACCAGUGCGCAAGCUAAGCGCAAGGGCACCAAGCACAAGCGUGGAAAGAACGGCAACGAGGCUAUCGGCAUCCGCAUGCUUGAUGAAGUGCGCUCCGGUCUCGGUCCCGCUCGCUUGUCGGCUGGUGCUAAUGGCCGUAAGGUCCCUGGGCAAGCUUAG